ACAAAUGAGAGUUCCAGAGGGAUCGGAGAAAUGUGAUAUUGUCACGAGGGCAAAACAGCUGUCUCCGGUGAUGUUUCAUUAAACUUCAUUCCGCCACAACAACACAGUAUAAGUAUUAACGUGCACAAUGUCUAUGAACUCAAGCCAUGGACUUCCCUUUUUCCCGGGAUACACAUUUCGUGACAUAAAGAAGUCUGCUUUUCAUAAGUCUCAAACACUAUCGUACAAGAACGGAUACGCUUUACCUCAAAGACCAAAGGUUGGCAUCGGGCAAGAACCACUACUGUCCACGCAGCUGAGUUUGAACGAGUCAAAGCAGGUGCCCAGUGGGACCCCCUCGGUGUCUUACGGCAGUGCCGCCAAGAGCCGCUCGCUCAACUUCAUGCCGUCUCAUGUCCUGUAUGACAAGAAGGUGCUGCGCUUCCAUGGCUACUUCCAGCAGUCCGUGCAGCACUCCCCUGACGAGGAGUACCGCGUGCGGCCGGUCGUCUUCUACUACUACCUGGAGGAUGACAGCAUGUGUGUUAUUGAACCCACCGUGGAAAACUCCGGAAUCCCCCAGGGCAAGCUGAUCAAGCGUCAGCGGCUGCCCAAGAACGACCGCGGUGAGCACUACCAAUGGAAGGACCUGAACGUGGCCAUGGACCUGUGUGUGUACGGUGUCAGCUACCGCCUCACACACUGCGACAGUUACACACAGGACUUCAUGGAGAGCCAGGGUCUGGUUCUAAACGACCCUGAACCAAUCCCAGCCGACCCAUACGCAAAACACCGCACCAAGAUGCAGCCCCACAUUGCCUACGCCACCCCAUCAGACUUCGACCAUCUCAAACAGUUCAUCACCAUGGACCGCAAGGUGUUGCGCUUCUUUGCUCUGUGGGACAACACGGACGCGCUGUACGGCGACGCCCGCCCUGUCACCAUCCAGUACUACCUGGUGGACGACUCUGUAGAGAUCCGCGAGGUCCACGAGCCCAACAGUGGACGAGACCCCUUCCCAGUGCUGCUGCGCAGACAGAAGAUCCCCAAGGUCAUCAAACCUGCCUGUGAGCCCUUCCCUACGUGCGUGUUGGAGGUGUCUGCCCAGGAGGUGCACGAGUUCUACUCUCCGCGGGACUUCCAGGUGGGCGAGACGCUGAAGCUCAUGGGCCGCAGCUUCCUGCUGUACGACUGCGACGAGUUCACACGGGCCUACUACCAGCAGAACCACCCCGACCUGCCACUCAAACCCAUCCAGGUGGAGAAGAAGGCCCAGAGGGACGUCCAGAAGGUGAUUCCCCCCUACAAUGGUUGGGGAUCUCUGGAGGACUCCCUGCAGAACUGCCUGGAUUUCAUCCCUGAGCCUCCCAAGAAGGACCUGAUGAAGCUGCUGGAGAAUGACCACAAAGUCCUGCGCUACACCGCACAACUGGACUCCCAGAAUCCCCAGGAUGCGGGGCGGCGCUUUGUCCUGUCCUACUACCUUUCCAACGACAUGAUCAGCAUCUUUGAGACAGCCACGCGUAACUCGGGCAUCAUCGGCGGCAAGUUUCUCGAGAAGACGCGCAUCUCAAAGCCCGGCAGCACCGUGGACGACCCGCAGUACUACGGGCCGGCCGACUUUGCCAUCGGAUCUGUUAUAGAGGUCUUCAAGCACCGUUUCCUGCUGACCGACGCAGACCACUACGUGUUAAAGUACCUGGAGUCGCAGGCCGACCGCAUCCCCUCGGAGACCCUGGAUUCGCUGCGGCAGAGGCUGGGGGUCAGCGCCCUGUCCAGUGGCCACCAGGAGCAGGGCUACAGCGAGGCAACCAGAGAGGCCACUCAGCCCACAGGAGAUGAGACCUCUGGCAUGUGAGGAGACCCCCACCCACACACACACACACCUACACCUCCUCUCCUCUCCACCCUGAUCAGUAUUUCCUUACAAAUCAAUAAAGAUGACCAGUUUUACUCUGAA